UGAGCUGCAAAUGCGAUACUGGGGUCGAGUCGUUUUUGUCUACGUUUCAAAAUGGCGGAACGGCAUGCUCAUAAACAUGCUCGGGGAUACUCGUAUCCAGCUUGGUUUGCGUGAUUUUUUCGCUUUCUGAAAGAGACUGUGGGAUAGAUAGCAUUGCUUGUUUCCUCCUUCCGUGCUGGUGCAGUUUCUUUGGUUUUUUUUUCAAUCUAGCAUUGAAUGCCAUCCGUAACCAAAAUGAGAUCCGGAAUGGCUGACCAGCAGUUCUGCUUGCGGUGGAACCACCACCACACCACUCUGAUCAACGUGUUUGAGUCACUGCUCAAGGAUGAGAGCCUGGUGGAUGUGACACUGUAUGCCGAGGGCCGGCCAGUGCGUGCGCACAAGGUGGUCCUCUCUGCCUGCAGCCAGUAUUUCAGGGCGAUUUUCUCAGCACAUCAGGAAAACCACCCAGUCAUCAUCCUGAAGGAUGUUCCCUUCAGUGAACUCAGGGCUCUGGUGGACUACAUGUACAUAGGUGAAGUCAACGUUUGCCAAGACCAGCUGGCGUCGCUGAUCAAAACGGCCGAGUCGCUGAAAAUAAAAGGCCUGGCCGACGGCAGCAAUCGUAAGCCGCCGUCCUCGCCGCCGCCGGCGUUGCCGCUGCAGCUGCCGAUGCCCCCGCACGCUGUGGCGCGCGAGUCCCCGGCGGCGACGCGGGCGCGCCGGCCAUCGGGCGAAGCCAGUCCGGAGAGCGGCGACAGCCCGGGCCCGGCGCCGGCCGCCGCCAGCGAGCCGGAGCGGCCGCCGUCGGCCCACUCGUCGCCCAGCCUGCCCCGCAUCCCGGCCACCAUCACGCCGCUGCUGGGCGCGCGCGCUGACUCGCCGCUGGAGCUGGACCUGAGCGUGCGGCCCACCGUCAAGGCCGAGCCGCCGGCCGACGGCCGUCCGCCGGCCGAGGACAAGGAGGAGAACGCCCUCAGCGACGACGGCAGCGACGAGGGCGAGCGCGAGGAGACGGACCGUGCCGGACCGUCGGCGCCGCCGGCCGGGCCGCCCAGCUCCGAGGCUGCCCUUCUGAACGCCGGCUACAUGAACUGGCAGCUGGGCGGCGACGGAGUGGAGGUGCCGUACGUGCCAGCCACAGAAGCCGGCGGACCGCAAGAUGCGUUCCUGCACCGUGCGCUCAACGUGCGCUUCCAGCAGCUGCUGCAGCAGCAGCGCUACGACCAGCUGCUGGCGCACGCGCCGCCCCCCCCCCGGCCCGCUAGGCCUGCCCCUGCUGCUGCGGCGCGAGUCGCCCACCUCGCCGUGCAAGCAGUACGCGUGCGAGAAGUGCGGCCGCCAGUACGCCUCGAGCGGUAACCUGAAGCGGCACGUGAAGUACGAGUGCGGCGUCGAGCCGCAGUUCCAGUGCCCCGUCUGCAAGAAGAAGUUCCAGCACCGGCACUCGGUCAAGAUCCACGUGGUGUCCACGCACAAGUCGGAGAACCCCGAGCUGAUCAAGGACUAUCUGAU